AUGCACAAGGAUAGGAGGAGCCCCCAUCAGAACCAAAACCAAAAUCAAUUGCCCCGUCGAUCGCAAUCACUUGUCCUCCUCAUCCACAGCUCCUUCUGGCUUCUCGACACAAUUUGCAAUCGCCUAUGCCAAGGAAACUUCCAGUCCUUUCUCGCAACCUUCUUCCCACCGUCGCCCUCAGAGCUGCAAAGGCAGCUCGCAGUCACGACGUCUUCCACAAAGAAAAGAAAACUUUCGCCCCAGCAUAUUCCAGGCCAGAACUCCGAGAACAACCCUGAUAUUCCCCUGAACUCCGUUGAAGAUCGUGAAUCACAGUCACCCAACGACCUUCCCCGGUUCGACAUCCCUACCACCCAGGAAUCAGGCCUUCCUCUUCCUCCACACAUACCUUCGCAUCUACAGACUGAGACCUCUUUUGGAAGUUUCGACCAUAACAUCUCUUCUACGGCCAGCUCUCCGAGCGCAGCCUACGCAGGCCUCUCGCUGGAAGGCGAGAGAAGUGGGGACCCUUCAGCCUCAGAAAAUUCAAGACGUUCGCUCGCACCUCUCGAUCAAGACACAAGAGCCCAGUCACCGGUGCGUCUGUUCUCACACAGGGCUAUUAUGGGCGGUGCCGCAGAUCUCCCACAGAGGUCGUCGUCGCCACUAAAGAGACGAGCCUCGGAUCUGGACGGCGAGGCCCAGUCAAGCCAGAAGGAUGAUGUCGAUAUGAUCACUGUUCCUCCAUCCGACCCUCCCGAAUCUGCAGAUGCGUCGACAACUGCAACUAGCAGCAAGAGAGCACAGUCAGUUGAUAUGCUAAGGAGCGAGGACGAAGACGCCGUGGCUGAUGUUUCAACGGAGGAAUCCCCGGAUGCUACUCCUGCAAAGACAGCCGAAACAGAAACCCCUUCUAUCGAUGCCCAAAUCAAGACCGUUACGACGAUUUGCGAGGCAGCCGCAGAAUGCCAACCCAGCGAUGGAGAGAAAAUGUACCUGGUAUCGAAGAGAUGGCUCAGCCGUGUGCAGAUUCGAAGCACAGAGGCUAGGAAGAAUAGCAAGGUCGAACCCGAAGGCGAGAUAGGACCCAUCGACAACUCGGAUAUCAUUCAGCAGAUUAUCAAGGAUUUCGAUGGAGAAGAGCACGUCCAGCUGAAGCCAGGAACAGGUCAGGCCGACUUUACACUAUUCCCGGAGGAGGCAUGGACCAUGGUGUUUGAUUGGUAUGGGUUGAUGGCAGGUUCAGUUCCCAUUGUUCGAUUUGCCCACAACACGAAUCCGGACAAGACUGGGAUACCCAAUGUGAUAUUCGAAUUCCAUCCCCCGAUUUUCACCGUUCACCGGUUAUACGGAGAAAACAACCCGAUAAACCUGCCCCAAAAGCUGAAGGCCACGAACCCCCCAGCACCGAUCCUCGUCUUCAGCAGAUCUACUAAGUAUCAUGACUUUUUGAAGAGAGUUAAGACGGUGGCUGGAAUGACAGAUAUGUCGAAGAAAGUGCGCCUCUGGAGAGUCCCAAGAAUCCAACCUGCCGCCGAACCAGUUCCGGCCGUGGCGAAUACUGCGACACCCCCUUCUUCGAGGCCAAGCUCACCUGCAGCCGGUAAUGCCGCUGGACCAGUUCAAAGGCAGCCGCAAGACUCAUGGACCCAGCUUCUCCUUGAUGUUCCCGAAUUUGUGAAGCUGGAGCGGGGUAAUGGAAGAGAAUUGGUCGAUCUUCCUGACCAAACCGGAAAUGCAAAAUAUAAUGGUAGCUCGGAUUUGUCCAUUGCCGGCUUGGGAGACGAUCAAACGAUUGUGUUGGAUGAACUGAUCAGUCCAGGUGGCGACAACUACGUCUCAAAUUACACAGCCAAGGGGAACAAGUCAACUUCGACAGCUCUUACACGAUCUGGCGCAGGCCAGUCGAAUAGUCAGUCAAAUAGUGGUCGGAACAGUCCAGCACCUUCAGGCCCAAUGACACGAGGUCGAACACAAAAAACCGGUAGACCAGUUGGAACGGUUGGUCUGAGCAAUCUUGGCAACACCUGUUACAUGAACUCGGCACUGCAAUGUGUUCGGAGCGUAGAGGAGUUGACUAAGUACUUUCUCACUGGAGCUGCAAAGAACGAGAUUAACCAGGAGAAUCCCCUGGGCAACAACGGAGACGUUGCUUUGGCCUAUGAGAGACUUUUGGAAGAGAUCUACAAGGAUCCCCCACCUACGUCUGUUGCUCCGCGAUUUUUCAAGACUACCAUCGGCCGAUACGCACCAUCGUUCUCCGGCUAUGGACAACAAGAUUCCCAAGAAUUCCUUGGAUUCCUUUUAGAUGGAUUGCAAGAGGAUUUGAGCCGUGUAAAGAAGAAGCCAUACAUCGAAAAGCCCGAUUCUACAGACGAGAUGGUGAACAACCCCGAAGCCAUUCGAGAAAUGGCCGCCAAAGUCUGGGAUAUUAGCAAGAAGCGUGACGACUCUGUUAUCUCGGAUCUCUUCACUGGCAUGUACAAAUCGACACUUGUCUGCCCCAUCUGUGCUAAAGUCAGCAUCACAUUCGACCCGUUCAACAACUUAACCUUGCAACUACCAAUUGAGAACACCUGGUCUCACCAAGUUUUCUACUUCCCGUUGAAUCACAGACCAAUCCUGUUUGAUGUUGAUAUGGAUAAGCAAGGUAGUAUUCUAGCUUUGAAGCAAUUCAUUAGCAAACGAGUAGGUGUUCCAACAGAGAGAUUGUUCGCUGCCGAGGAAUUCAAAUCAAAAUUCUACAAGACGUAUGAUAACUUCGCAGUCGCAUCAGAGGAGAUUGGAGGCAAUGACAAUGUUGCAAUCUAUGAGCUUGAAUGCAAACCUACCAAUUGGCCCUCGCCCCGGAAGCCGAAGCAGAAGAAAAAGUCGAUGCUAUCUUUCAAUUACGGCAACCACAACGAUUCCGAUGAGGAUGAUAUUCCUAAUUGGGACGACCCUCUGGCUGACCGGAUGCUCGUUCCCGUCUUCCACCGCCAGCCGAAUUCUGAACGCACCUCAAGAUACAAUAGCAGGAAGCCUUGGGCCAUCAUGGGUGCACCCCAUUUCAUCAUUCUUACCCCAGAGGAGGCAAGAAACGAGGAGGCUAUCAAGCGCAAGAUCCUUGAAAAAGUGGCCACAUUUUCAACAUCCCAGGAACUCGCUGAAGACGAGGAUGAUGUCGAUGAAGCCGAGGCCAGUGCUGCUGACAGCGUUGACCCGGAUAUCGUUCUUACCACUGGUUCAGAUGCCGAUUCUUCUGGAGGCAGCAAGGUUGUGGCCACUUCCAUCGACGGAGAAGAUGAGCUCGUAGAUGUCACUAUGAAAGACUCAAACGGCGCUCAGGAGCCAUCGGAAACCACUGCCGAACCUUCGAAAUCGUCUGAACCAGUGAAGACUAUUGAACCUCCACCAUUCAAGCGACGACGUCCGAAGUUUGUCAAUCCAAGAUCUUAUCUGAAUCCAUCGCUUCAGAAUAUGUUCGAGAUUGGCUUUUUCGCCGGCUCCAAGGAAAUGAUUCCGUCAGGUUGGAAUGUUGUUGAUGAAGACAAGAUCUACCCCUCAAUUUCAUCACGGAAUCCACAAGUUUACCAACCCAUUGAUGAAGACUCUGGAAAUGGAUUUGAAGACGGUCGAACUGGAUCCGAAAGCAGCGAGGAAGGUGUUUACACCAGCAAUAGCACCAGUAACGGCUUCUCAAGCGCGACUCGUAUGGUUGAUGAGACUAGCGAUGAAGACGAAGACGUCAUACCAGCAAUAGCCCCUCAAGUUCUUCCUGUCCGACCGGCCGGACCAAGAUCCGGGGUUAAAGUAGGUCAAAGACGACGCAAGCCUAAUCUCAAAACUUACUCAAAAAAGGGCAACCAGGCAAAUCGAAAACACCAAGUCAUGGACGAGUUAGAGCCAGACGCGCCCGACGAAGGUCCUCUUGUACGGUUAGGCGAAGGCCUCGUGGUCGACUGGAACCCGCAAGCUUGGGAGACCUUGUUCUGCGGUCAGCCAGGCGACGAGAUGCGGGGUGAGUCUACAUGGGACAAGAUGCCUAGGUUCGAUGAUCCUGAGCUCGAGGCCAAGCGGAACGCACUCAGACAACGACGAAAGAAUGGCAUCACCUUGGAUGACUGUCUGAAUGAAUUUGGCAAGGAAGAAAUUCUAUCAGAAAUGGAUACCUGGUAUUGCCCCAAGUGCAAAGAGCACCGGAGAGCCACCAAGAAAUUCGAGCUCUGGAAGACACCUGACAUUCUGGUCAUGCAUUUGAAGCGUUUCAGCUCUAGCGCAAUGAGACGUGACAAGCUCGACGUUUUUGUUGAUUUCCCAAUCGAGGGAUUGGAUCUCACAUCGAGAGUUAUUGAGUCGGAAGAGGGCAAGCAAGAGAUUUAUGACUUGUUUGCCGUUGAUGAUCAUUGGGGUGGACUUGGUGGGGGGCACUAUACUGCGUUUGCCAAGAACUUUGUCGAUAACGAGUGGUAUGAAUAUAAUGAUUCCUCGGUCUCAAAGCAGAAAGACCCAUCACGAGUUGUCUCUCAGAGUGCUUACUUGCUCUUCUAUCGACGACGAUCCGACGUCCCACUUGGUGGACCAAGAUUUCAGCAAAUUCUUCAAGACUUUGACAAUCCUCCUGACGCCCCAGCCGACGACAUCUCGGAGUCGGGGGAAGACCAGGGCCUCGUCGCAAACUCCUCCCUUCGUGGGUCGUCGAGCGCUUUGACAGGAGUAGGAGCAGCUCACCAUCCUCCAAAUGGUUCGGAUGGCGCGGCGACGAUGACAAUAAAUCCAUCGGCCCUUGAUUUGCCUCCCUACGAAGCCCACGACAGCAAUGAUGACGGCGUUCCGCUGAUAGACAAGGAGGGUACCAUGGCAUGGGAGUCGGUGCACCGCAGCAUCGAGCCUGCUGAUGAAGCUAUUGAAAUGGAAGACAAUACGUACAAUCCCCUCGGUCACAUGUUCACAAAUUCUAACUGGAAUUUCGCAAACUUGGGAGCAAACUCACGGGGAGACCAAAUGAUAUCGGGAACCGGUUCAGAUGCCGACGAGGAUGGUGCAAGUGACGUUGUACAGCACAAUUCUUCAGCAGGUGCAAGUGAUGUUGCUGAGCGUAUGCAAGACUUAGCAGACACAGAUGCCGUAGAUGAGGAUGGCAACUCCAUUAACCAAAGCCCCGUGCCAGACCUGGACGAAGAAGGCCAGGCAGCCAAUAUUGCUUUAACAGCCGACUUGCUGGAGAACAUGCAACGAGCUGGCAACAUGCCGAUCUUCCAAGCUACCCCUCAAUUCGAAGUCGACGACCGUCUGGAGGUAGAGGAACCAGAGGCGACUGAGAUCCAUCUUGACAAUGAUUCCGAGGACCUCAAGAUGGAUUGA